CUUCCUCUGGCUCAGGUGUCAGGGUUGGGCCCAUUAUAAGUCAGUGCAGCUGGGAAACGUGCACAGAAUCCUUGAAUCCAGAAUUUUUCUAUACAGACAAGUAGAGACACUGGAAAAUCAUGCGGUUCAGCUUCCUCUUCUUCAUCGUCCUCCUGGGAUUCUUCUACCUCACACUUGCAACAGGCUCGUAUGAGGACUGCUGUCUGAAGUAUGUCAAGAAUGUUAAAUCGUCUAUGAUGAACAAAUUCAUCAGCUACAGAAAACAAGAGCAGGACGGAGGCUGCAACAUCCCAGCUGUAGUCUUCAGAAUGAAACGUGGCCAUAUGGUUUGCAUCAACCCAAAAGAAGAAUUUGUCCAUGAACUCAUGCGGAAAUUGGACAAGAAAAAAGAGGUCCCAGUUAUAAAGAGGAAGAAGUUAAGGGGUUAAACAACCCAGUGGCAGCCAAGAGAGGACCAGAGGGAAAGCAGCCCGUGUGUCUCUGCCAAUCACGUUCUUUCUUUGAGAUCUGGCUCUCCAAGCGCACAUUACAGCAUGGAUUGUGAUUUUCUCAGUACUUCCGGUGUUCCGCCCUGUGCUCUAUCUGGUAUCAGGCGGCAUUUCCUGUUUCAGACUUUUGUCACUUCACUGACGGACUGCUGGUUAAAUGCUCAGAAUGGGAGAUGAUCAUUAUUUUCCGUUUUCACAUGCUGCUUUUGCCUUAUGUUAUAAAACCUUGAGAGCUGCUUGCUCAGAAAACCCAGAAGCAUACUUUGGUUUAGCGCAGGCACACAGUCGAAUGUGCAGCCUUUAUCUGAUAAUAUGUGCAAACGUGGGCCCUUGACAAUGACGAAAUUAACCUAAAAAUACCACAGUGUUUGCAUAAAAAGUGAAUUUCAGCUUACUAAGGCUUAAAAGUGGCUAUGCAUUGUAAUCAACCCAAUCAGCACUCAAUUAUCGCUCAUGUAAACCGCAUUUAAAUUAAUUUUACUGGUAUUAAUAAACUGUAUAUUUAAAUUCCUUCUGCUCAUAUGGCAAUGCAUGAACAGAGCUCAUGUUUAUAGCAUCACCAGGGUCACAUAUUAAGCUACUGUAUUAUGAACUUUCACUUUGCACACUUUGAUUUACUGCUUUUGCCCCACAGUAUCUAUAACAAAUUGUCAGUUUGACCGAAAUGUUAUUAGCUGUAAUUGUGGGUGGGAAGGUUUUGCAAGCAAAGCAGAUAAUCCUUCUAUUUCCUUAUGAGUUUAUUAUACUGCUGACACACCGACAAAUGACUUUUGAGUUUGUAUGAUAUUAUAAUGCAUUGUAAAUUAUGAUUUGUUAUUUUGUUUAAUGCAAUAAGCUUAAUGAGUGAUUAUUUUUUAGUUAUUGAUAACUGAAUAUUCGUAGAUCUCAUUUAUAUUCAUGAAUCUCAAUUUCUGCAUAUUUCAUUUUAUAUGUGUGGUAGAGGUUUUUUUUUUUUUUUUUUUUUUUUAAGUGAAACUUCUGUUUUUCACUUUAAUGUUCACACUUAUUCCAGUUAGAAUGCAUCUUUAUAAAGGAUAUGACACAAUGUGUUUUACUGUUUGGCUGUUUUGAAACUGGGUCAUAAGCUCUUUGGGUUCCAGACCUGGUAUUCUUUAAACUGCAGAUAUUUUCUCAUAUAUCAAAAAUAAAAUAUUUUGAAAAUAA